CCCAGUCUGGGCACUGGGGCCUGUGACCGCUUCGUUAGCGGAGAGGAGGCUGCCAGUCCGCUUUGGCGGGCCUGUGCCCCGCGCGUUUCUCGGGGCCUCCGUGCUGAGCCUGAGGCUCAUGCUAGGAGGGACACGCAGUGAGAGCGGCCGAAGCAGCUUUGCGGUUUUGUAGUGCAUCCCUGAGCAUGAGUGCAGAAUGAAGCGACGUUUGGAUGACCAGGAGUCACCGGUGUAUGCGGCCCAGCAGCGUCGGAUCCCUGGUAGCACAGAGGCUUUUCCUCACCAGCACCGGGUGCUUGCCCCUGCCCCUCCUGUGUAUGAAGCGGUGUCUGAGACCAUGCAGUCAGCCACAGGAAUUCAGUACUCUGUGACACCCAGUUACCAGGUUUCAGCCGUUCCACAGAGCUCCGGCAGUCAUGGGCCCACCAUAGCAGCAGUUCAUAGCAGCCAUCAUCACCCAACAGCUGUGCAGCCCCAUGGAGGCCAGGUGGUCCAGAGUCAUGCUCAUCCAGCUCCACCAGUUGCACCAGUGCAGGGGCAGCAGCAGUUUCAGAGGCUCAAGGUGGAGGAUGCACUAUCCUAUCUUGACCAAGUGAAGCUGCAAUUUGGUAGUCAGCCUCAGGUCUACAAUGAUUUCCUUGACAUCAUGAAGGAAUUUAAAUCUCAGAGCAUCGACACUCCAGGAGUGAUUAGUCGUGUGUCCCAGCUGUUCAAAGGCCACCCUGACUUGAUCAUGGGCUUCAAUACCUUCUUGCCUCCUGGCUACAAGAUUGAGGUGCAAACCAAUGACAUGGUGAAUGUGACAACUCCUGGCCAGGUUCAUCAGAUUCCAACCCAUGGCAUCCAGCCCCAGCCUCAACCACCACCCCAACAUCCUUCCCAGCCUUCAGCCCAGUCAGCCCCAGCUCCUGCCCAGCCAGCUCCUCAGCCCCCACCUGCCAAAGUCAGCAAGCCUUCCCAACUACAAGCACAUACUCCAGCCAGUCAGCAGACUCCCCCACUCCCACCAUAUGCGUCCCCACGUUCUCCACCUGUCCAGCCUCAUACACCAGUGACAAUCUCGUUGGGAACAGCCCCGCCCUUGCAGAACAAUCAACCUGUGGAGUUUAACCAUGCCAUCAACUAUGUCAAUAAGAUCAAGAACAGGUUCCAGGGCCAACCAGACAUCUACAAAGCGUUCCUGGAGAUUUUGCACACAUACCAGAAAGAGCAGCGGAAUGCCAAGGAAGCUGGAGGAAACUACACUCCAGCGUUGACUGAGCAGGAGGUGUAUGCCCAGGUGGCUCGCCUUUUUAAAAAUCAGGAAGACCUGUUAUCAGAGUUUGGACAGUUCCUACCAGAUGCCAACAGCUCUGUGCUUUUAAGCAAAACAACUGCUGAGAAGGUCGAUUCUGUGAGAAAUGACCAUGGAGGCACUGUGAAGAAACCUCAACUGAACAACAAGCCGCAGAGGCCCAGCCAGAAUGGCUGCCAGAUCCGCAGGCACUCUGGAACGGGAGCCACCCCUCCAGUGAAGAAGAAACCCAAACUGCUCAGCCUCAAGGAUUCUUCUAUGGCAGAUGCCAGCAAACAUGGUGUAGGAACGGAAUCAUUAUUUUUUGAUAAGGUCCGAAAGGCUCUGCGGAGUGCAGAGGCCUAUGAAAAUUUCCUGCGCUGUCUUGUUAUCUUUAACCAGGAGGUGAUCUCUCGGGCGGAGCUUGUGCAGUUAGUCUCUCCGUUCCUGGGGAAAUUCCCAGAAUUGUUUAAUUGGUUUAAAAACUUUCUGGGCUAUAAGGAGUCUGUACCUCUGGAAACCUUUCCAAAGGAACGAGCCACAGAGGGCAUUGCCAUGGAGAUAGAUUAUGCCUCUUGUAAACGGUUGGGCUCCAGCUAUCGAGCCCUGCCAAAGAGUUACCAGCAGCCCAAGUGUACAGGACGGACUCCUCUCUGUAAAGAGGUUUUAAAUGAUACCUGGGUUUCCUUCCCCUCCUGGUCUGAGGACUCCACCUUUGUUAGUUCCAAGAAAACUCAGUAUGAAGAACAUAUCUAUCGUUGUGAAGAUGAACGUUUUGAGCUUGAUGUAGUUUUAGAGACUAAUCUGGCAACGAUCCGGGUUUUGGAAGCAAUACAGAAGAAGCUUUCCCGCUUGUCUGCUGAGGAACAAGCCAAAUUUCGCUUGGACAACACCCUCGGGGGCACAUCAGAAGUCAUCCAUCGAAAAGCCCUCCAAAGGAUAUAUGCUGAUAAAGCAGCUGACAUCAUUGAUGGUCUGAGGAAGAACCCCUCCAUUGCCGUCCCAAUUGUCCUUAAAAGGUUGAAAAUGAAAGAGGAAGAAUGGCGAGAAGCUCAGAGAGGCUUUAACAAGGUGUGGAGAGAGCAAAAUGAGAAAUACUACUUGAAAUCUCUGGACCACCAAGGCAUCAACUUUAAACAAAAUGACACCAAGGUCCUGAGGUCUAAGAGCUUACUCAACGAGAUUGAGAGUAUCUAUGAUGAGAGGCAAGAGCAGGCUACGGAAGAAAAUGCUGGUGUACCUGUUGGCCCACACCUCUCACUUGCCUACGAAGACAAACAGAUUCUGGAAGAUGCUGCUGCUCUGAUUAUCCACCAUGUGAAGAGGCAGACAGGCAUUCAGAAGGAGGACAAAUAUAAAAUCAAGCAAAUCAUGCAUCAUUUUAUUCCAGAUCUGCUCUUUGCUCAGAGAGGUGAUCUCUCGGAUGUAGAGGAAGAGGAAGAAGAAGAGAUGGAUGUAGAUGAAGCCACAGGGGCGGCUAAGAAGCACAAUGGUGUUGGGGGCAGUCCCCCUAAGUCCAAGCUACUGUUCAGUAACACAGCAGCUCAGAAGUUAAGAGGGAUGGAUGAAGUAUACAACCUCUUCUAUGUUAAUAAUAACUGGUAUAUCUUUAUGCGACUGCACCAGAUACUCUGCUUGAGGCUGCUGCGGAUUUGUUCCCAGGCUGAACGGCAAAUUGAAGAAGAAAACCGAGAGAGAGAGUGGGAACGGGAAGUGUUGGGCAUAAAGCGAGACAAGAGUGACAGCCCCGCCAUCCAGCUACGUCUCAAAGAACCUAUGGAUGUUGAUGUAGAAGAUUAUUACCCAGCUUUCCUGGAUAUGGUGCGGAGCCUGCUGGAUGGCAACAUAGACUCUUCACAGUAUGAAGAUUCGCUAAGAGAGAUGUUUACCAUUCAUGCCUACAUUGCCUUUACCAUGGACAAACUCAUCCAGAGCAUUGUCAGACAGCUGCAGCACAUCGUGAGUGAUGAGAUCUGUGUACAAGUGACUGACCUGUACCUGGCGGAAAACAAUAAUGGGGCCACUGGAGGCCAGCUGAAUACACAGACCUCAAGGAGCCUCCUGGAGUCAACAUAUCAGCGGAAGGCUGAGCAGCUCAUGUCAGAUGAGAAUUGCUUUAAGCUUAUGUUCAUUCAGAGCCAAGGCCAGGUUCAGCUGACCAUCGAGCUUUUGGACACGGAAGAGGAGAACUCGGAUGACCCUGUAGAAGCAGAGCGCUGGUCAGACUAUGUGGAGCGAUACAUGAAUUCUGAUACUACCUCUCCUGAGCUUCGUGAGCACCUGGCACGGAAACCAGUGUUUCUCCCACGGAAUCUGCGGCGGAUCCGGAAGUGUCAGCGUGGUCGAGAACAGCAGGAAAAGGAAGGGAAGGAAGGGAACAGCAAGAAGACCAUGGAGAAUGCGGAUAGCCUGGAUAAGCUGGAGUGUAGAUUCAAGCUGAAUUCCUAUAAGAUGGUAUAUGUGAUCAAGUCAGAGGACUACAUGUAUCGGAGGACCGCCUUGCUCCGGGCUCAUCAGUCCCAUGAGCGGGUAAGCAAGCGGCUACAUCAGAGGUUCCAGGCCUGGGUAGAUAAAUGGACCAAGGAGCAUGUGCCCCGUGAAAUGGCAGCGGAGACCAGCAAGUGGCUCAUGGGUGAGGGGCUGGAGGGCCUGGUGCCCUGCACCACCACCUGUGACACAGAGACCCUGCACUUUGUGAGCAUUAACAAGUACCGUGUCAAAUAUGGCACAGCGUUCAAAGCCCCAUAACUGCAGAGCCAGAGCAGAUAACUUGAGGGGUGUGUGUGUGUUGGGGGGGGCACGUGUACUCGCACACACUGAAGAAACAAGGAAGAUGCCUUUCAAGCCUCACUGGGCCUCUCUGGGACAUGGCCACCUGAUCUGUGUGUGGCUGGUGCAACCUGGCACCAAGUGGGCUACAUAUAAGGAACGUGGAUACCUUACAAAGCUGGAGCUGGAACUUUUCCCAGGGGUUUUGGGCAUUACCCUGCCCUGGAGGGGAAGAAAUCCAUGCAAGCACAGGGAUAUGCAGCUUGCUUGCACACACCAGCAGAGCUAAGACUGCAGCCUCCUGGGGCCUGACCUUCAGUGAGGGAACCGGAUGCUGUUCACACCUUGAUUGGAUGGGCGAGCAUUGACUGACAGACUGGGGAAGGACUCAAUGCUUAGACGGAUUGUAACUCUGAUGGUCACUGCUCCUUUCCUCUUCCCCCCCAAAAGGAAAAAAAACUGUAUUGGAUUUUUUUUUCCUGGUCACUUGAGCACAUCUAGAUCACCCAUUAAGAUUUUCUCUGGGACCUGCAGUUUGGCUUUGGGAUUGAUCAUCUUGUGGAUUUGAUUCCUGACGAAUCCCUUGCUGCCCACCCGUUAUUCUCUCCUCUGGUUCUCAACCUCAACAAGUUCAAAUCAGUCGUCCUUUUUAGCUCCCGUGGAACUGUUUUGUACCUGCUUCUUUACUAGUCUACCCUAGUGCCAUCCACCAGCUUUACUCACACACACACACACACACACACACACACACACACACACAAACACACACACAGUUUUAACUUGGUUUUUCUUUUUUUUUUUGUAAAUAAUGUACAUACUGUCAAUUUUUUAUUAAAAGAAAUAUGCUUUGAUGUGCUAGCAUAACUGCUCUAGCUUCUUGUGUACCAUAGUUCUAUGUGGCUUCAGAUUUAGUACCUAUGAACAGAUGUACAAGACAUUUAUUACACUUUUUACCAAAGGGAGUUACCGUUGUAGUACUUUUGUGUAAAACUUGUCUUCCCCUUGCCCCAACUUUUUUUUUUUUUUUUUUUGUAAAUAAAUAAAGCUUGGUUCUUACUUAAGGAAUAAACUCUCAACCCAAGUCCCUUGUCCUCACCAGAGAACUACUGUGAAGCAGGGAUUUUGGCUUCAGUUCCUUAUCUACGGUACAAACAGGAUUUUGCUUUAAAUAGUUAGCAGUCAGUUGUAUGUGUUCCAAAUCAAAAUACCUUAAAUUUUUUAAAUAGAAUUAUUCAUUCUUUUAGUACGUGUUUUCCCCCCUUAUUUCAGCUGUUUGGAAAUAUUUUAUAUUUGGGUAAGUUGUGCAGCUAUGUAGUUUGUACUUUUCUGUAUUUUUUCUUAUCCUUAUUGGAAAUGGGAGUGAACAGCUUAAAUACCAAACCAGUGUUUGAAAGAAGUGUGUACAGAGUGUGUGGUAUAAAUGGGGCUGGGAGGGAGAUUCAAUACAUUUCGUUAGCAACUGCAAAUGGAAUAUAUACAUAUAUAUUUUUUUAAAUUACAUAAAUUUAAACUGGCAGAUAUUUAAACUUGACUGAUUAGGAUUUUUAUAUGUGGUCAGCCUGGACUUUCUGAACAAAGACCAACUGAGCCCCUCCCAGUACUCUGGUGAAUUUUUCUCCAGCAACCAUUACCCUAGUCAUAGCUGUAAAGUAACCAGCAGUGAUUUGUGUGGUUUUGUUUGCUUUUUAAUUAAAAAUUCCCAACAUCACCACCACAAAACCACAAAUUUUUUGGCUCUGGACUUUCAUAACACAUGGUAGACUUUUCCGAUUUUAGAGUUUUUUGUUGGGUAUGGUGGGGAGCAGUGGAGGGAUGGGACAACUACAGGAGACUCAGAGCCCAAAAGUGUAGGGUGGCAAAAGAGCCUUGUGGGAGGAGAUUCUCUGGUGAAGCUGGGGCCAAUGCCUGACUUGGGAGAUGGAGUGAUACUGACUGGGGGGGAAGAUCUUCAGGUUUUCCCAGCAAUAACUCACCUCUGCUUGCUUAAGACCAUGUUGAAUUGGAAUUACAGCCGGGGUGGGUUGGGGGGGAACUGAUGGGACCUGACCAGGGGCAGCCCCAGCUGUUACUGUCUCUGCAUAGGGUUACGCCCAGAGCAGCUGCUUGCAGGUCAGGAUAGGGUUUCAGGGCCAAUAGAGGAGAAAACCCCAUCCUACCAGUGCAACCAAAAGAAGGGGGAGCUUCACUGACAGCCAGGGUUUCACAAACAGCAUUUAUAUCCCUCCUGCCAUCUGAGCUCCAAGCUCAACUCAGCCUGUCUUAUAGCAGGAAGUUAUAUUUUAAAUCUCGUUCGGUAUUCUGUACUUAAUCACCUUUCCCUAUGAUUUGCAUUUGAAAUGUUGUAAACUUGGUCAGUAUUUCUAUUAAAAUAUCAGGGCUCA